GUCAGGGAGUGGUGGUCAUGGCGUAUGCGCCGUCCCCGACCGCAGCCUUCGGGCAGGACGUCCCGGCCGCCCCCGCCGCCCAGCACCCGGCGGAUCCGCAGCCCCGGCCGCAGAGCUCGGGAGGCGCCGCCGGGGACUCCCCGCGGGCCGGGGCGGGGCGGCUCUCUCCCGGCGCUAAGAUGGCGGCCAAGGCCUCGCACUCGCACGUGAAGCUGGAGGCGGAGAUCGAGCGGUGCCGGGCGGAGGGGCACUGGGGGCGGCUCCGCCACCUCGCACAGCAGCUGCUGCCGCCGCGGCCCCCGCGCAAGGCGAAGGCGGCGAGGGGCGCGCAGGACGCGGAGGACCAUGGGAGUUUGCUGCUUGCAGAGGCUCUGCUGGAGGAAUGUUUGAAGGAAAAUUUUGCCAAACUGAAGGACUCCAUUCCACUAUCAGAGAAGAGUGAGCCCAGACUGAGUGAAGCUAAACAGUAUCUGACCAAUAUCUUAAGCAGAGGGAAACUAAGACCGAAGUAUAUGACAGAAGCUAUGCUGAUCCUAGGGAAGCUUCAUUAUGUGGAGGGAUGCUACAGAGAUGCCAUCAGCAUGUAUGCAAAAGCAGGAAUUGAUGACCUUUCAACCAAAGAGGAACCUCUGUACAUGCUGCGUUUGAUCACUGAAGCCUUUGUUAUUAAAGGUUUGUCACUGGAGCGCUCAACCAACUCAAUUGCCUCACGUGCUCGACUGUGUGAAAGGGAGGAGGAAGUCAUGGCUUGUUUUGAGAGAGCGUGUGUUAUUGCCCAGGUGUACUUGCAGGAGCUUGAGAAGACUUUAAACAACACACAUUCAAGGAUUAUCAAGGGCAGCAAUGUGACUUACUCUGAGUUUGAACUUUCCUACUUUCUGGAAGCAGCUCUACAGAGUGCCUACGUGACUCAGUUAAAAAAAGGAAAUAUUGUGAAAGGAAUGAGGAGUCUGCGAGAAAUACUACGGACUGUAGAAACAAAAGCUACUCAGACCUUCAAAAUGACUGCAGCCAAACAGUUAGCUCAAGUACUUCUCCAUUCCCUCAGUGAAGACUGUUACUGGAGCCCUUUAUCUGAUCCACUUCCUGAGUUCAUGAACAAGGAAUAUCAGUCUUAUGUUAGCAAUCUUCUUUGUCGGAGGCCUGAGCUGUACUCAGAAGAGAAUGUGUACUGCCCUCAAGACAAUGUAGAAGAGGCUCUUCUCCUCCUCCUAAUCAGUGAAUCCAUGGCGAACCGGGACGCAGUGAUCAGCCGAGCCCCAGAGCAGCAGGAUGACCGAGCUGUCAGCCUCCGGGAUGCUUCUGCAGUCUACGACCUCCUCAGCAUCACGCUGGGCAGAAGAGGGCAGUAUGUGAUGCUGUCUGAGUGCUUGGAGAGAGCCAUGAAGUUUGCAUUUGAUGAAUUUCACCUCUGGUACCAGCUUGCCCUGUCCAUGGUAGCUUGUGGAAAGUCGGCAUAUGCUGUGUCAGUGCUCAAAGAGUGUGCUAAACUGCGACCUACAGAUCCCACCGUUCCUCUUCUGGCUGCCAAGGUCUGCAUUGGGUCACUGCACUGGCUGGAAGAAGGAGAGCACUUUGCUAAAAUGGUGAUAGAGCUGGGUGAGGCUGCUGGAGAGUCCCUAGCAAAGGGUUACCUGGCACUGGGCCUGACAUACAGCCUUCAAGCUACUGAUGCUACUCUGAAGACCACUCAGGAUGAAUUAAACAAGAAAGCACUACAGACUUUGGAGAGAGCACAUGACCUGGCCCCUGAAGAUCACCAGAUCAUCCUCUACCUGUCACUGCAGCUGGCUCUUGUCAGACAGAUUUCAGAUGCUAUAGACCAUCUUCAAGAAGCCCUGCAACUGUGCAAAGAUGACAUGAAUUCGCUUCAUCUACUGGCCCUCCUCUUUUCAGCUCAGAAGCACUAUCAGCAUGCACUGGAUGUUAUCAACAUGGCUGUUGUUGAAUACCCAGAAAGCUUUAGCUUACUCUUCACCAAAGUAAAACUGGAAUGGAUACAUAAAGGACCUGAAGAGGCUCUGGUGACAUGCAGACAUAUGUUGCAGAUGUGGCAGAUGGUAUACAGUGUUUUACAGCACAGGAGUAAGACUGAGCUGUCCAUACAGUUCCACCAGCAACUUCUGGCCAGGGCACUUGCAUUUGGGUCAGUCCUGUCCAGUGGCUCUGAGAAAGGAAGUAGUGUGACCGAAACACCAGUAAUCAAAAAGCAUAAUGGACUGCAUCUCACUCUCCCAGAUGCUCAUGACACUGAUUCUGGAUCACAACGAGCCUCUUCCCUUGCUGCAUCAAGACUGGAACAGGCCAUGUCUGAAAUAACUAUGCAGAGCAGCACAAUGAAGCAGGGACCUGUGAAGCUCUGGACAACUCUUGAACAAAUUUGGCUACAAGCUGCUGAACUCUUCCUGGAACAGCAGCAUCUCAAAGAAGCAGGCUUUUGUACCCAGGAGGCAGCUAGUCUUUUCCCCACAUCUCAUGCUGUACUGUACAUGCGUGGGAGGCUUGCAGAGAUGAAAGGCAAUUUGGAGGAGGCUAAGCAAUUGUAUGAUGAAGCUCUCACCGUGAAUCCAGCUGGAGUGGAAAUUAUGCACAGCCUGGGCCUGGUGCUGAGCCGACUUGGGCGGAGGGAGCUGGCCCAGAAAGUCCUCAGAGAUGCCAUCCGGAUCCAGACCACCAGCCACACUGCCUGGAACAGCCUUGGAGAGGUCUUGCAGGCUCAGGGGAAAAACGAAGCUGCCAUCGAAUGUUUCCUUACUGCCCUGGACCUUGAAUCCAGCAGUCCUGUCAUUCCAUUCACUGUCAUACCCAGGGAGCUCUGAAACUGCUCCCUGCAGCUAAGCACUUGCAUUGCCUGGACAGACACCAAAACCAAGCAGAUAAACAAAGAAAAAGCCCAACAAAAAGUGCCAUUGUAACCUGGAACUGGGCUAAGUAAUUCCAGGACGGGGCUCAGGUCUACAGGCUUAGCUUAGAUAAGCCAAACUGAAGAAGAAUUUGCAACAGGCAGGAACAGAGAAUGCCUUUUUCUUCCCACGUGCCUGGCUAACCUCCUGUUCAAGUUAAUAGCAAGGCUUAUUUCAAAGUGCUGGUUCAAGGUGACUGUAGAAAGAUUGUGCUAGGGUACAGCUGUUCAAAGCACUUGCACCUUUCAGUGUUGGUUGAAACUAGAACCCCCAAGCCCUGAAUUAAAGCCCAGAAAUGCUCUUAAUAGGAGUAAAUUCACCAACUAACUUGAGCAAGUUGUGUUUAAGUAUGUGGCUGUCUCCCCACAGAUCUGACGGGACAAGAAUGACACUUGCACCAAAUAGACAUACAAUAUAUGCUGUUUACAAAAUUAUUUCAUCUAUUUUGAUAAUCCUUUUUCCUUCCUUGCUUUUAUAUACUGUAUAUGCUCACUGUAUUUAGUGUAGCACUUGCCUAGAUAAAUUUAAAAUUAAUUUUAGUUUUAAAUGAAAAAUACUUUUUUAAAAAUAAAGCUGCUAUUGCAGUAUAACUCACAAAAGCAGCAAGACCAAAGACCAGAUCAGUUCACACUUGAACUAGUAUUAAAAACACAUAAAUAUCUCCACUUACGUAUUUAUUGAAAGGCCUUACAUGAAGUAACUAAUUAUAAGCUCUGAGCUUCAUUCUUAUUAAUCUCCUAUUGCAUCAGUUUAGCAAGGAAUAUAGUGUUUACCAGUAUAUAGUGACUGAACUCUGCUCUACCACGUUACCAUUCCUGGCACAAACCAUUUUCAUGUCCAUCUUUUGUUGAUGCAAAAGAAGGCAGCGGUCUUUUAAGGGAAAGGGAAAGGGCAGUAUGUGUGUAUAUGGACUGCUUCUUCCUUAAAACUAAAUCCUUGGAUUGUCCAUAGAAAUUUCACAGUAGAGGUACGGAGUUGAGCCUUCAAUGGCACCAUUUUGCAUCUCCUAUCUGGUGUAAUAGUGAGGAGCUUCUGAUCCACACAGCCUCCCCAUGGCUGGCACGGCCAGGGAGGGGACACAGCUGGCACAGCCCCUGCUGAACUGCUCCUUAGCUCUGUGUGACCUCCCCAGGGCCUUGGCAGUGAGGUGGAGCUGGACUGUGCUGUCACAUGAGAGCCAGGCCUGACCAGACCAGUCCCAAGAUAAAGAUGAUGCAACAAUUUGCUGCACUUUUCUACAAAGAAUAAAAAGAGGUUGGGGCUUUGCGCCCAUUUUUGUCCAAAGAUUUGUGACUAUUUAGUAAGUUUGCACUAAAGCACACUUUGUACUAUAAUUCUGUCCAGUAUUGUGAUCCACAACUAGUUCACUCUGGAAAUAAUAAUAUCCUCAGGCAAUAAAUAAGAUGGUGUUGUUUCUUACAGAGCCUGAGGCUCUGGCAGCAGACUUGAA